AUCUCUGAUUGCCCAGAGGCUGACCCAAGACAUCAUGGCGUUUGAUGGUACUUGGAAGGUAGACCGGAGUGAGAACUCUGACGAGUUCUUGGAAAAAAUGGGUCUUGAUACAAUGAAAAGGAAGCUUGCAGCUCAUGACAAUUUGAAGCUGACAAUUACACAAGAAGGAACAAAAUUCACGGUCAAAGAAUCAAGCAGUUUUCGAAAAAGUGAAAUUGUUUUUGAGCUUGGUGUCACUUUUAAUUACAAGCUAGGAGACGGAACUGAAGUCAGCGGGAGUUGGAACGCAGAGGGAAAUAAACACGUUGGAAAAUUCAAACGGUUAGACAACGGAAAUGAACUGACUGUCAUCCGAGAAAUCAUAGGUGGUGAAAUGGUCCAAACUUACAUAUAUGAAGGAGUAGAAGCCAAGAGGAUCUUCAAAAAGGAGUGAGCAUUGUUCUUGGAGCCAGCCCAGAACGCAAAGUGGAUGGAAAAGCUAUAUUGUACCAGAAUUGUUUCUCUCUCCUCAUCAAGCAUAAAGUUACUGACUGCUUGGUCCUUUUAAAAGCAUUGGCCAAUGGCUUAUAUUUCCACUCUUGCCAAAGCAAAAGCAGUAAAAGCUAAUUAGGAUUUAAUUUGUUCUAGGUUCUUUAAAAUGUACAUUUAUUGGCAUUCUAAGAGGAUUUGUGACAUUUUUAAAAAGAGAUGAAUAAAUAUUGUUCCCACAUUGUUCUA